CGAGAUUCGCGAACCCCAUAGUCGCUUCCCAGGGCUGAAGUCUCGCCCACUCUCCGCAUCGCGCUAUCUUGGGAUACACAAUGAAGCCAUGUCUCGAUCCGUACCGCAGCUCUCACCUUUUACCCUCAAGGCCCGCCGGAAGCUUACUCUGCAACAACUGCUCCCAGCGACGACUGGACGGAAACUGACAGGCUGAGACAUUGUGCGACCGAACCAACCCCACUUUGUUGGCUAUUCUUUGAAUGGCAGUGUAGCUUUAGAUGUUCCAGCCGCGACUCUGAGUAGCCCAGCUCUGUCUUUGCAAUGGCCUCGCGAGACCCCCUCUCACCACAAUCUUCCAGAUCCAUGUCGCCGGACAAUGAUCUGGAGCACUACGAUACCUUUCACUCGCAAUCGGACCCCGUCGAGAUGUCGCUCCUAUCGGGACCUUUGGCGCACUUUGAGGACUUUCACGACUCGCGCGAUCGACCCUCAGAGGCACGGCGAAGUCUACGGCCUGGCACGUUCCUCCCAAUGUCACCAGACAGCGGCCAGUAUGAACCACUACGAGAGCGCAAUACGAGCCCAGGGCCUACGGGGAGAGAGUCGAUAUACACAUUGAACUCCAUCUACCACCACAAGACUACAAACGCUGAUACGCAAGCUCUCGUUGACCGGCGAGCGGGGGAACUCGCGAAAUGGCAUGUGCACUGGACGACCCCAGCGCUUAUAGCUGGUCUGUUUACGGCUGGCGUGGCGGCGGCAAUAGGUCAUCAUCUCUUCUACGCCAGCCUGGAUGGACACCCCGCCACGGAGCAGUUGAUGAUGGUGAGGUAUGGGACGGCGUUUGCCUAUUUCUUCAAGAGUAUGCUCGUGGGAACCGUUGUCAUCUGCUAUAGGCAGCGGAUAUGGCACACAUUUCGGACAAAGGCCAUGACAAUGAAUGGCAUAGACGGACUCUUUUCUGCGACAGAAGAUCCAACACAAUUCUUCUUGAAUUGGGAGAUGCUGAGGAACGGAAAGCUCGCGACGGUCAUGGCGCUUUGCAGCUGGCUUAUCCCAAUGGCAUCCGUCCUGUCGCCAGCCUCCCUUACGUCCGAAGCAAGAACGUACCACGACCAAACUACCUGUCCAAAUGUCCCGAUUCUCAACUUCACGCGCGAGUCUUACUACAAUUUUCGAGUAACCGACUCUGCCAAUUUCAGCGGCGCUUCUGUGAGCUACUACAACACGACAGACCGAUAUGGAAAGACAGAAGGAUUCUUCGAUUAUUACGACCAGCCAAGCAAAAACGCAAGACGCUCGGCCUACAGCGCUGCCUACUUGAAGAAAGCUCAAGCGCGCGAGAAUGCUGCUGCAAUUUCAUGCGAUCAGGGAUGGAAUUGCACGUAUAAUAUCAAUUUCAUGGGGCCAGGUUACAAAUGCGACUACAUCAACGAUACCCUGUCUGCAGACUUGCCAUUUACCUCAGAUAUACUUGCCCCUCAAGGGGACCUCAUCUACCACUCAGUGCUCGAUACGCACGACUACGCAUCUCCUCAAAUCGACACGGUCGAAGGUGUCCCGAAACAAAGUGCUCCUUAUCCCGAUUGGCUUGGUGUCUUCGACAGCGAGCCAGUCAUUUGGAUUGGUUAUGCAGAGAAGACAAACGAACUCUACGCCGACGAUUCUCCAUAUGCCAAGAAGUGGAAAUAUGUCCACGAGUCCAAGAUGUUCAAAUGCGUCUUGCACCACACCAACUACACAAUCGAGAUGAAGUACUCGCCAACCCAACAGACCAGCAUCAAGCAACGAGAUUAUCUAGGUCCAGUCGUCGACACCACAGUCACACAUCCACCGCACGAUGCCCGCAACAACAACACCGACUGGGUAGCAAGCCCGAGCUCAAACUUCAUCAGCCCCAGGUCCGACGUAGCAGCCUACAAACUCACAGCCGCAUACCACUCCGUCGCAGCGCUCCUGCGUAACUUCCUCCGCGGCGAAAUCGAAAAGACAUCCAACGUCUUCAUCGUCACGCGCUCCGACAUGUCCGAGACGAAGCUCGUCGACUCCGCAACCGCAUACCCAGUAUCACACCUAAUGGACGCAGUGCAAGACCUGCUAGAAGACAUGCUCAUCACACUGCUCAGCGACCCAAGCCUAGUCAUCUCCGACACCUGCCAGGUCCCCUGUGACAGGUCGCGCACAAUGGUCGUGUACGUGUACUACCGGCGCUCGCUAUGGUUCGGCUACACGGUCGCGCUCGUGCUGACCGUCGCGUCCGUCGUCGUCGGCAGCUGGGCCAUCCACGUCAACGGCGUCGCGUCCGACACGCUCUUCUCGCGCAUCCUCGUCACCACGCGCAACCCCACGCUCGACCAGCUGAGCGUCGGCGCCUGUCUUGGCGGCGAUCCCUUUCCCGAGGAACUGCAGAAUACGAAGCUUAGGUUCGGCGUUUUGCUCGAAGAUGAUCCGCGAGAAGGCCCGUUGGGCAAGGUGGAACACUGCUGUUUUGGGACCGUGGGCGAUACGAAGGAGAUUGUUAGGCAUGGGAAUUACGCUGGCUUGAAGAAGUGGAGGAAGGCGUAUGAGGGCGGGGAGGUGGGUGAUGCUAAGGAGAAGGAGACGCUGCUUGGGGAGAAGGGAGUGUGAGGAUGGUUGUUAUGAUGCUGCUGUUACUUUACGAUUUACGUCCGUAUACGAUACCCUUGUUGUUUUGUGAUAUGAGAAACUCUAUUUUUUAUGCUAGUAUC